UGCUCCAUCCUUGGUGUCAGUGUGUGGAGGAGGAAUAGUGCGUCAUCGUUGGUGUCAGUGGGGGGAGGAAUAGUGCCUCAUCGUUGGUGUGAGUGGGGGAGGAAUAGUGCCCCAUCAUUGGUGUCAUUGGGGAGGAGGAAUAGUGCCCCAUCGUUGGUGUCAGUGGGGGAGGAAUAGUGCCCCAUCGU